AUGGAUAAAGCUAAGAAGGCCGUUGCCAACUUCCUGUCCAAGGACGGCAAGCACGACACCACCAUUGACCAAGAUGUUCGUAACCCUGUUGUCAAGGAGCAGGUCCGCCCUCAGCGACACGAAGAGGUCGUGACGGCGAUCGAUCAAGAGAUCCAUCAAGACCAUCACCAGACUGUCGUGCAGCCUCUGAGCGUCAAGGAGACCCUCCCCGAGAAGCACACGUACAACUUGGUCGGCGUCAAUGAAAAGAGCGUCAACCACGCCGACGCGGCCGGCACCAAGGCCGCCCUUCAGCAGGACGCCGCACAAUACACCAGCGAGCGCACCGUCGGCGCCACGGAGCACAGCACCGCUACCGGCGCCGCCGUCACCGGCCAGCGCACCCACCACCACGUCCACCACCACGUGCAGCCCGUCAUCCAGAAGGAGACGAUCCAGCCCGAGGUCGUCCACACCACCGUGCCCGUCCACGAGGUGCACCAGGCCGCGCCCAUCCACCACGAGACCACCAUCCUGCCCAUCAAGACCAUGGACGAGUUCUUGGCCAGUAGUGGCGGGCAGAAGUUGGGGGCGUCGGCGGAGCCGCGAAAGAUUGCCGAGUUUGACGGAUGUCCGAGCCUCAAGGACAAGGCGCUCCAGAAGGAGCAGGAAGCGAUCCACGGCGGCGGCGGCGGCGGCGGGCUCAAGGACAACAAGGUGGCGUUUGGAACUGGUGGUGUUGAGAGCGGCAAGACAAAGGCCGUCUCCAACAGUGUUGAACAUACCACUCAGGCAAAGACUCUUGUCAACGGUCACUAG